UCGACACGAGAGAGCUACUGUGUUUGUUUUUAGCCGGGCAGUUGUACGUGGAGGCCUGGCGCAAUGAAGCAGAGAUGUGCUAGCUUCAUGAGAGACAGGACCUGGGGAAAGAUGAAUAUCCUGAAAGACAACAAAGACCUGGCUUGUUUCUACACCACCAAACACUCCUGGAGAGGAAAAUACAAGCGAGUCUUUUCAGUGGGGACCCAUGGCAUUACCACUUACAACCCGACUACGCUAGAAGUAACAAAUCAGUGGCCUUAUGGGGACAUCUGUGGCAUCGGUCCAGUCGGGAAAGGUCAAGGGACAGAAUUCAGCCUCACAUUCCGCAAAGGCAGCGGCAAGAAGUCGGAGACGCUCAAGUUCUCAACGGAGCACCGGACAGAGCUACUCACAGAAGCACUGAGAUUCAGAACUGAGUUUUCUGAAGGGAAGAUAACUGGUAGGCGUUACAACUGCUACAAGCAUCACUGGAGCGACACAAGGAAGCCCGUGAAUUUGGAGGUGACCCCUGGUGGCAUCGACCAGAUCGACCCUCACACUAACAGAGUGGUGUGUUCCUACGACUACAGAAACAUAGAGGGCUUUGUCGAGGUUUCUGAUUACCAGGGAGGAUUUUGCAUCGUUUACGGUGGUUUCGGCAGACUACAUCUGUUUGCCUCUGAGCAUCGAGAUGAAAUCAUCCGCAGUGCCAUCGAACAUGCCGGAAACUUCAUCGGCAUCAUGCUACGCCUGAGGAGGGAGGGUCUGACCUUUGAGGAUUUCGUGACGGAAAGGUUGGGGAAGUACAGCUCAGACGAGAGCAUUACUUCUCUGGCCGAGUUCGUGGUGCAGAAGAUCACUACACGGCACCCGGAGCCAGUUAAGCGCAUCCUUGCCCUCACAGAAACAUGUUUAGUGGAGCGAGACCCAGCUUCAUACAACAUAGUCACGAUCAAACCCUUUGGAGAGGUAUUUGCUCUCAUCUGUGACAUAGACAACCCUCAGGUGUUUACAGUGGAAUUCAUCCGAGGCCAGAUUAGGAAGUACUCCUCCACUGAAAGGGACUCUCUUCUAGCCAGCCUCCUAGAUGGAGUCCGAGCAUCGGGCAACAGGGACGUAUGUGUCAAGAUGGCCCCCACGCAGAGAGGGCAGAGAUGGGGUUUGCUGAGCAUGCCGGUGGAUGAGGAGGUGGAGAGCUUGCAUCUCAGAUUCCUGGCAGCUCCACCUAGUGGAAACUUUGCAGAUGCAGUGUUCAAAUUCAAUGCCAAUAUAUCCUACAGUGGAGUGCUCCAUGCCGUUACCCAAGACGGACUUUUUUCUGAGAACAAAGAGAAGCUCAUCAACAACGCCAUCCUGGCCCUUCUAGCCCAGGAGGCCGAGCUGCCGGCUGUGAACUCCGAGCUGGAAAGCCAUUUCCAGGCCAUCCGACGCUUGGUGGCCUCCAAGGCCGGAUUUCAGGCCUUCACCCAACUGCCUAAGUCUGGUCAAGGGUCUGGACUCACAGAUGCAACGUUCAGGGAAAAGUUGGGAGUAAAAACGGUCAAAGCUUUAAAAAGGAACAACAAUGGUGUGACUCAUGCUGCUAUAGACAUGCUUUGUGCUCUUAUGUGUCCCAUGCACGAUGACUAUGACCUGAGACAAGAGCAGCUGAACAAGGCCUCUCUUCUGUCCUCCAAGAAGUUUCUGGAAAACCUUCUUGAAAAAUUUAUCACCAAUGUGGACCAUGGAUCUGGAGCUUUGGUCAUCAGCUCCUUAUUGGACUUCUUAACAUUUGCCCUUUGCGCCCCCUACAGUGAAACCACUGAAGGGCAGCAAUUUGACAUGCUGCUUGAGAUGGUUGCUUCCAAUGGACGAACAUUAUUCAAACUUUUCCAGCAUCCUUCUAUGGCUAUCGUAAAAGGAGCAGGCCUUGUGAUGAAAGCUGUAAUUGAGGAAGGAGACAAGGAAAUUGCCACCAAGAUGCAAGAGCUGGCUUUGAGUGAAGGGGCCCUGCCAAGACAUCUGCACACAUCUUUGUUCACAGUCAGCACAGACCAGCGGAUGCUCACCAACAGACAACUGAGUCGCCACCUGGUGGGACUGUGGACAGCAGAGAACCCUGUGGCUAUGAACCUCCUCAAAAGAAUCCUACCAACUGGCCUGCUGGCUGACUUGGAUAGUCCUGACCCAGUUCCAGAGAAAGACGUGGACAGAAUGCACAUUCGGGACAACUUAAAAAUUGCUUCGGAUCAGCUAAAUCGCAACAAGGUGCCUGAAUGGCAGAGGAUUGCAGGUAAAGCAGCCAAAGAGGUGGAGAAGUUUGCUAAGGAAAAAGCCGACCUGGUGCUGAUGCACUGGAGGGAUAAAAUGGGCAUCGCCCAGAAGGAGCAGGACAGAAACAACUUGAAUCCAAACCAAAAACCUGUCAUCCUGAGAAAGAGAAGACAGAGAAUUAAAAUCGAAGCAAACUGGGAGCUUUUUUAUUACAGAUUCCAACUCGACCAUGCUUGCUCCAACCUCAUCUGGAACCUUAAAACGAGGGAGGAGCUGCGGGACGCUCUCGAGGGGGAGAUGCGUGCUUUCGGUGUGGACCGCGAGCUCGGCAACGCCACCGUCAUCUCCUGGAAUCACCAGGAAUUUGAGGUUAAAUAUGAGUGCCUUUCCGAAGAGAUAAAAAUAGGGGAUUAUUACCUGCGUCUGCUCCUGGAAGAGGAUGAAAAUGAAGAAUCGAGUGCCAUCAAGAGAUCAUAUGAGUUUUUCAAUGAACUCUACCAUCGCUUUCUGCUCACACCCAAAGUUACGAUGAAGUGCCUGUGCCUGCAGGCACUUGCAAUUGUUUACAGCAAGUGCUUUGAGGAGAUCGGUCCGUUCACUGACACAAAAUACAUUGUUGGCAUGCUGGACCGGUGUACAGACAAGCUGGAGAGGGACAGACUUAUCCUCUUCCUCAACAAGCUCAUUUUAAAUAAGAAAAAUGUGAAGGACGUGAUGGAUUCAAAUGGAGUUCGUAUCUUGGUGGACUUGCUUACCUUAGCCCAUCUGCACACCAGCAGAGCUACUGUUCCACUUCAGAGCAAUGUUCUGGAGGCAUCACCAGACAUGAAGAGGGAGGGUGAGAAAGAGUGGUACUUUGGUAAUGCAGACAAAGAAAGAAGAGGACCUUUUAGUUUUGAGGAGAUGCAGGAGUUUUGGAACACGGGUGUACUGACAGCAAAGACGCGCUGCUGGGCCCAAGGGAUGGACGGCUGGCGCCCCCUACAGGCAAUCCCUCAGCUGAAGUGGUGCCUCUUGGCCGCAGGGCAGCCAGUGAUGAACGAGUCUGACCUGGCUACAUUGAUCCUCAACAUGCUCAUUACCAUGUGCUCGUAUUACCCCAGCAGGGACCAGGAUAACGCAAUCAUCCGACCUUUACCUAAAAUCAAGAGGAUGAUUAGCGACAACGCCUGUCUCCCACAUAUUGUCCAGUUGCUGCUGACAUUUGACCCUAUUCUGGUGGAAAAGGUUGCCAAUGUUUUGUACCUGGUGAUGCAGGACAACCCCAAUCUGCAGCGCCUCUAUUUAACGGGGGUCUUCUUCUUCAUCAUGAUGUACACAGGCUCCAACGUGCUUCCUGUAGCGAGGUUCCUGAAGUACACUCAUUUAAAGCAAGCUUUCAAAUCAGAGGAGUCUAAGGGUCAGGACAUUGUACAGCGCAGCGUUCUGGGACCGGUUCUGCCAGAGGCUAUGGUGUGUUAUCUGGAGAACUACGAGGCUGAGCGCUUCUCUGAGAUAUUCCUUGGGGAAUUUGACACACCUGAGGCCAUUUGGAGCAGUGAGAUGAGGCGAAUGAUGAUUGAGAAAAUAGCAGCCCAUAUUGCUGAUUUUAGCCCCCGGUUGCAGAGCAACACACGGGCUCUCUACCAGUACUGCCCAAUUCCUGUGAUCAGCUUCCCUCAACUAGACUGUGAGCUCUUCUGCAACAUUUACUACCUCAGGCAUCUGUGUGAUGCCAUCCGCUUCCCCAACUGGCCUAUUCGAGAUGCUGUGAAGCUGCUGAAAGACACUCUUGAAGCCUGGAAGAGGGAGGUGGAGAAAAAGCCGCCCUCAAUGUCUGUGGACGAUGCCUACGAUGUGCUGAACCUCCCCAAGGGACAGGGCCAGCAUGAGGAGAGUAAAAUUAGGAAGGCCUACUUCCGACUGGCACAGAAGUACCAUCCUGACAAAAACCCAGAAGGAAGGGAUAUGUUUGAGAAAGUUAACAAAGCGUACGAGUUCCUUUGCACAAAGUCGGCCCGGAUUGUUGACGGUCCUGACCCAGAAAACAUCAUUCUCAUCCUCAAAACCCAGAGCAUCCUUUUCAACCGGCAUCAGCAAGAACUGGAACCUUACAAGUAUGCCGGUUACCCCAUGCUCAUCAAAACGAUCAAAAUGGAGACUGAUGAUGAGCAGCUUUUCUCUAAAACGUCGCCUUUGCUCCCGGCCGCCACUGAACUAGCCUUCCACACGGUGAACUGCUCGGCUCUUAACGCAGAGGAGCUGCGGCGGGAGAACGGGAUUGAGACAUUACUGGAGGCUCUUUCUCGGUGUGUUCCUAUAUUAACUGCAUCCAGUAAGCCUGACGACAUGGCGGUACAGGUGUGCGGUCACAUCUGCAGGUGCUACAGUGUGGCAGCCCAGUUUGAGGAAUGUAGGGAAAAGAUAAUCGAGCUGCCAAACAUCAUCCGGGACCUCUGUCACAUAUUGUUCUAUGGAAAGUGUCUCCCAAAGACGGCAGCCCUGGCCGUCCAGUGCGUCAGUUCCUUCGCCAUAGAUUUCUUCCUACAGACCCAUCUGUACCACGCUGGUGUGCUUUGGCAUCUUCUAGUCUACCUGUUCAACUACGACUACACUUUGGAGGAGAGCGGGGUGCAGGCCAACCAGGACACGAACCAGCAGGAGGUCGCUAACAACUUGGCCAAGCUCAGCCUCGUGGCGCUCAGCCGGCUGGGAGGCUACACUCCAACACCAAGCACGCCAGAUGGCAGCAAUGCAGUUGCAGUGACCAAUGGCGUGGAUGGCACCCCUCCGGAAAACCCCACCAUCCGUAAGAGCUUAGCUGCAAUGCUAACGCCGUACAUUGCAAGGAAGCUGGGAACCGGGUCUCCAGCUGAGGUCCUGAAGCUGCUGAAUAGUAACUCAGAGAAUCCCUACCUGAUGUGGAACAACGGAACACGCGCCGAGCUGCUGGAGUUCCUGGAGGGUCAACAGGAGGGGAACAUCAAGAGAGGGGAAAACGAUAAAAGCUUUGGUGCAGAUUUCAUGUUCAAUGAUCACAACAAGGAGCUCAUAGUCGGGGAGAUUUUUGUCCGGGUUUACAACGAGCAACCAACUUUCCCAUUGGAGUACCCCAAAGCAUUUGCUGCCAGUCUGCUGGACUACGUUGGCUCUCAGGCUCAAUACCUCCACACGUUGCUGGCCAUGAGUCAGAGUAACAAAGUAGAGUCCCAGCAGCAUGCCGAGAGGCUCCGCUUCGCUGAGAUGGCUUUAGAGGCUCUCCGCAACGUAAUUAAGAACAACCCUGGUUCGGAGUCGGAGUGUAUCGGCCAUUUCAAGCUGCUCUUCUCUUUGUUGCGGGUUCAUGGAGCCGGCAGAGUGCAACAGCUCGUUUUGGAGGUUGUAAAUACAGUGACAUCAAACCAGGAAUGUGUGAGCAACAUUGCUGAGUCCCUGGUGUUGUCCAACCUUUUGUUGCUGCUGCAUUCACUUCCCUCCAGCAGACAAAUGGUGCUGGAAACCCUCCAUGCACUGACUUCAAACACAAAGAUAAUCAAAGAGGCUAUGGCCAAAGGCGCUCUGAUCUAUUUGCUGGAUCUCUUCUGUAACUGCACGCACCCCCAGGUUCGCACCCAGACUGCAGAGCUUUUCUCCAAGAUGACCUCAGACAAGCUGGUUGGACCAAAGGUGCGUCUGACUCUGAUGCGUUUUCUUCCCGGUGUGUUUAUGGAUGCCAUGCGAGACAACGCUGAGGCAGCAGUUCAGAUAUUUGAGGGAACGCAUGAAAACCCCGAGCUCAUCUGGAAUGACACCUCGAGGGAGAAAGUGUCCACCACAGUCCGCGAGAUGAUGCUUGAGCACUUUAAACAGCAGAAGGAUAAUCCUGAUGUGAACUGGAAAUUGCCAGAUGACUUCACUGUGGCUUAUGGAGCUGGACAGGGCGAGGUUGAAGUUGGUGGAGUUUUCCUGCGCAUCUUCAUUGCUCAGCCUGGGUGGGUUCUGCGAAAGCCUCGAGAGUUCCUGGUGUCGCUGCUGGAAACCCUCAGUGAGCUACUGGAGAAGAACAACCCCAAUGGUGAGAGCCUGGAGACUGUUACCACAGCGGCUGUUUGCCUUUUCAGUACCCAAAGCCAUCUGGCUGACCAGGUUCCCCCUCUGGGUCAUCUGCCUCGCAUCCUGGCAGCGCUCAACCACAAAAACAAUGCUGUGCCUAAGAGCUCCAUCCGCCUCAUCCAUGUCCUGUCAGACAACGAGCUGUGUGUGCGCUCCAUGGCUUCUUUGGAGACAAUCGGCCCUCUGAUGGCUGGCAUGAAAUCUCGAGCAGACAUGGCCGGGCUGGCGUGUGAAGCUCUCAACCGGAUGUUUCAGAAAGAACAGACAGAACUGGUGGCUCAGGCUUUAAGAGUGGAGCUGGUUCCAUACCUUCUGAAGUUACUGGAAGGCAUUGGUCUGGAGACGUUGGAAAACCCUUCAGCUACUAAAGCCCAGAUAGUUAAAGCUCUCAAGUCCAUGAGUCGCAGUCUGCAGUAUGGAGAGCAGGUGAAUGAAAUUCUUGCGAGGUCCUCUGUAUGGAGUGCCUUCAAAGACCAGAAACAUGAUCUUUUCAUCUCAGAGUCUCAGACUGCAGGCUACCUGACAGGGGUUUCCACUCCUUCUCUCCUGGCCGCCAGCAGCCCUCUGCGAGGUGGGCUCUAGACUCCAGAGCUGGGCCCUCACAGCCCUCCUCUUUCUUGCUUUGAUGCAGGUCCAGGAGUUGCAGGUUACCUCACGGCAGGAACUGGCGCGACAGUAUUGUCCAGCGUCCCACCCCCUGUAGACAACGACAGUGGAGACCAAGGCUGAAGGACCCACAGACAGUCACUCUAAGGCUCCCAGACAGCCCUGCGGCUCAAAGCGGGGACCAAUCAGCUCUCCAAACAUCAGAAGGGACGGGAGAGGGAAGACCGGGGUAGAGGGGGCCGUCACUGACCGCGUCCUGCAGCACCACUUUCCUUCCCCUGCCUACAGACACCGAAGUCUUCAAAAUUAGCUUUCUUUUAACGAAUGACCAUAUUUGUUUUUCUUUCCCUGUGCUACUUAUUCUUCUAAAGGUUUACUUCUUUGGUAUGAAUAUAUUUUUUACUCUAGAUUUGUUUUCCAUGAGAAAGAUGCAGGAAGAUUAAGUCUUAUUAUUGGGGAAUUUGUUUCCUCUCUUUUGAGUCUUUACCUGAUCGUCAUUUCCCAAAACCUGCUCCUCAUGUCUUUACAGUUGGCCUGGUUUAUGCAACUUGACCUAUUCACCUUUUACAUAAACUUCAUAGUAUUCUGACUUGGAACAGAAAAACAUGACAUCAGAAACAAGACGAUAGUUAUAUGUAAUUACUUUUUGCAAUGUCCCUUGAAGAAAAACUCCAUAACUGAUGGGAACCUUUUUGAUUUUUGCUUGUCCAACUCUAAUAACCAGUUUUUACUCCUCUGAUCUUCUUCAUACUUCUCUCACUGAAGGCCCAUCUCCACCCCUGCCUCCCAUGUUUUAAGUAACUCUCCCCAGAAUGCAAAAAGCACUAGAAUAUUUAAGUCAAAAGAUAAAAAACUAAAGUAAACACAGGAAAUGAGCUUCUGCGGAAAUGAACGACUUUGACUCUGAUUUUGAAUCUUAUGUGAAAAACUAGUGCAAUUUGUGAAAUGUUCAAUGUAAUAUUACGUAUAUAAACUUUCUAUAUUGAAUGUACAUUUAAAAAUGAAAUCUGUCACACUUGUACAUAAAAUUUUAAGAAUAAAAGGGAACUUGAAAUGUU